AUUUUUAAGGAUUUACACAAACUUUUCUUACGUCUUCUUUGAUAAACAAACACAAAUUGUUAAACUUCUUUGAGAAAUCCCUAAACCAAACCCUUCCUCUCCAACAUGCCAGCGGUGUUGGAAGAAUUUGAGCCAAUUUUCGGCCAACCCAAGGUCGAAUGGACGGGUUCAAAUUCGGGUUUGGGCCAAUCAAGCGAGUUCGUUUUCUACCUUCAUUCUCCGGAUCCAUCUCAUCUAAGGAUUUGUGUCACUGAUUUCCGCGACGCCACUUGGGAGUCCGUACGCUCGGUUUCGCAGCUUGAUGACAUGAGGGACAGUGUUGGAAUAGGCGGCUCUUGGUCUGACUUCAUUCACUAUAUUCUAGCCUCCGUUAAGUCUGAGGAUGUAAAGCUUCUCUUGGAAGCAUUGCCUGAUUCAAAUGAUACUAAAUCUGCAAAGUUAGUUGCUCAGAAAUCAAAAGGAAUGCCUCGGAUUUCCUUUUCUCUUACAAAACUUACUGCUUCUGCUGCUUCUGACGCUAUGGCUAAUCUUUCACUGGAACUUUUUAAAGCAUUUAAAGGCUUGCAACAUCUAUUUAUUCAAGAACAAGAGCGCUGUUUGCAGUUGAAAAUAAUGUUAUCAGCUGAAAAGGAAAAGAAUGAAACCAUUCAGAGCCAAUUAGAGCUAAAUUCGAAGAGGCAAAAGUUACAAAAGACAAUGAAUUCAUUAGACAAAGCAGAUGUUUCUGCUCCUGGCCAAAGUUCCCCAGGUAAAUGUCACAAACAUGCAGCUCAGGACCCUAGCCCAGCAAAAGUGACCAAACGUGCUGUACCUGCACGUCGUAGGGCAAAAGUGAGGGGUGUCGUUUUGCAAGAUAGUGAAAAUGAAAAAGAUGGCUAGAACAUAAGGCGCUCUUGUCAAUCUUACAAUCCAACUAACGUCGCCAUUUUCGUUUACUAUACAAAGGUAAAGUUUUCACGUUGAUACGAAAGAAAGAAGUGAAGUUACAGUAUUAAGGCUGUUUGCUGCAUUGCUAGCCUUCUCCUGCUGUAUAUUGUUUACCAAAUCUGAAUGUGACUUAUGUUGCCAUUUGUGCUCUUGAAAAAUUGUAGAUAGUUGGCCUAAUUUCUUGCUCAGAAUUGUACAUAUCAGUAUCUUUUAAACCUGC